AUGGACGACAUCUUCCACAUCCUCAAGCUCCUUGACUAUGAAAAAGAAUUUCUUGUCAAAAACCAAUUUUCCUACCAGCCCAUAACGAGGUUUGCGGAUGUGACUGACCUUUCAAGACCAACUUAUUUCGAGGAAUCCAAUGAUGAACAAGUCACCGAGAACGAAGAGGAUCUCACUCAAAGCACUGAUUUAGAGGAGGAAGAUGAAGGAAUGAAUUUAAACGUCUUAUCUACUUUAAGCUACAAUAUUGAGGACCCAGUCAAGUCAAUUUUGAGCUCUAAAACUGACAAAAUUCAGUGGGAACUUGAAGACUGGAGAUCACGAUUAAGCCAAAUGAAGGACUCACAGGCCGCCAUAGACUUGGCAUUUCCCGCCCUGACAGCCAAAUUGAGUCACAUUCGUACAGAAAUAGACAAAAGUCUUUCUCUUAUCAAAUCACGUGAUAAAUAUUUAAACGACGAACUGAGUGGGAUGAUGGCCGAAUUUCGAGAGAUUAAUGUUGAACUUGGAACUAUAAAACAACAAAUGGAGGAGAGGGGAAAUCAAAUGACUGAUAGCUUGCCCUUAAACCGGAUUAAAUUGGCUUCUGGCAAUUUAGAAAAGGCUUUGCGUGGCAGUAAAGUUCAAACUGCGGUCCUCGAAAAUAUUUUAUGCUCAGCCUUAUUAGCACGAGACCCAGCAAGAGAGGCCGAUUCGUUGAUGAAAGACUUUGAGAAGGUAUCCACACAAGUGGAAUCCCAGACCAAAGGUCUCCCAGAAUAA